AUGCACGAAUAUACUCAGGAUGCUAUGUCAUAUGAUAGGCAUUAUAGCCGCUCAGACUUAUUUGUUACAUUCACAAUCCGUUGUUGGAUGCAUCAUGUAGAAUGGCAAAAGCUUGGACUGCCACAUGCGCACAUAUUAGUCUAUUUACUGGACAAAAUAAGGCCAGAUGAGAUAGAUUCCAUAAUUUUGGCUGAAAUUCCAGAUGAAACAGUUGACCCAAAAUUGCAUGCAGUAGCUACGAAACACAUGAUACUUGGACUUUGCGAACUUUUCAACUACAUGUACGGCAAGUGUUCAGAGCGAUACCCAAGAGACCUGCUUGCUGAAACCAUAACGGGAAAUGAUGGAUAA